AUAAUAUAUAGCGGAUGUGCUAAACUGUUAAGAUUAAGAUUAUUGUUAUCGUAGGGACGAAGAGAGCAGACAGUCUCGCAGAGGCCUGAGAGGGUGAGGAUGGCGGGGCGCGUCAAGGUCUUUCAGCUACUGAAGUCGCUCUCCUCCGCCUUGUGCCAGUGUCCGGCCCACUCUGCUGGCAGGAUCAACGUACUACACUCCACGCAGUCCAGGAAAACAACUGAUUAUGCCUUUGAGAUGGCAUGUUCGACUGUUCGUUAUGGACCUGGGGUGACCAAAGAAGUUGGGCAAGACUUACAGACUAUGGGAGCCAAGAAAGUGCUAGUGAUGACAGACAAGACCCUGGCUACAAUGUCACCUGUCUCUACUGUGCUCGACUCUCUUGCUAAGCACAGAGUCAACUUCUCUCUGUAUGAUAAUGUUAGGAUUGAACCCACUGAUAGUAGCUUUAAAAAUGCAGUAGAAUUUGCAAAAUCAGGAUGUUUUGACGCAUACGUAGCUGUUGGAGGAGGGUCUGUCAUAGACACGUGCAAGGCUGCUAACCUCUAUGCUUCAGAUCCCCAUGCUGACUUUUUGGAUUAUGUCAACCCUCCUAUUGGCAAAGGAAAACCAGUGACUGUUCAGCUCUCUCCUCUGAUUGCCAUUCCUACAACUGCGGGCACUGGAAGCGAGACAACAGGUGUGGCUAUCUUUGAUUAUGAACCCAUGAAGGCCAAAACGGGCAUUGCCAGCCGUGCUCUCCGUCCGACCCUUGGAAUCAUUGAUCCGUUGCAUACACUUCUCAUGCCUGAGAGAGUUGCAGCUUACAGUGGAUUUGAUGUGUUGUGCCAUGCCCUGGAGUCAUACACUGCUAUUCCUUAUCAUGAAAGGUCACCAUGCCCAGAGAACCCCAUUCUGCGCCCAGCAUACCAAGGUUCUAACCCCAUAUCUGACGUAUGGGCUGUCCAUGCUCUAGGUAUCCUAGCUAAAUAUUUUAAGAGGUCAGUGUACCACCAGGAUGACGUAGAGGCACGCUCCAAGAUGCACCUGGCCAGCACAUGUGCUGGAGUAGGCUUUGGCAAUGCUGGGGUCCAUCUCUGCCAUGGAAUGUCCUAUCCUAUAUCUGGAAAUGUUAAAAAUUUUCACCCAGAAGGUUAUAAGUGUGAUCAUGCCAUCAUUCCCCAUGGGUUAUCUGUGGUUAUGACCUCUCCUGCGGUAUUCGCCUUCACUGCUCCGAUGUGUCCCGAGCGUCACUUGGAGGCUGUACAGCUCCUGGGGAAAGAUAUCACCGGAAUUAAGAGAGAGGAUGCAGGCUUGGCCUUGGCUGAUGUCCUGCGCAGUUACAUGAGCGAAAUGAAGGUGGAUAAUGGCUUGGAGGCUUUGGGUUUCACAGAAGAGGACAUCCCUGCAUUGGUCAAAGGAACACUUCCACAGCACCGUGUGACCAAGCUGGCACCCCGUGAACAGAGUGAAGAUGACCUGGCCUACCUAUUUGAACGUUCCAUGAAGAUCUAUUAAUUGCCCGUAUGAAGAGGGUUGGCCUAUGUGUGGUGAGGGAAAGUCCAAAAAUUACCACAUUGACAAUUUUUUGUACCACUACCACCAUAAUUUAUAUUUCCACACAUGCUAUAAAUAAAAAAAUUUAGUAGAGGAA